AUGGCUACAAUGCGAGGAAAUGCAGGGGGCUACGGCAUGGGAGCACCAAGCUAUGGCGGCAUCAACAACAGCCCUUCUGAGGGCGGCAACGCUCUGGACGCCAUCAGGCAACAGACGAGCAAGAUCGAGGACAUGCUCGACUCCGCUGCCGAGCCAGUGAAGCCUUACAUGCCCGCGAUCGGCCGCUUCCUCAUCGUCGUGACAUUCCUUGAGGAUGCUCUGCGCAUAAUAACACAAUGGAGCGACCAGAUCCUCUACCUACACGACUAUCGCCACAUCCCCAACGGCCUCACCCAUAUCUUCCUCAUAGUCAACGUUCUCGCAAUGGUCGCUUGCUCCACACUUGUCAUCGCCCGCCGCCACUCCGAAUAUGCCGUCGCCGGUCUUAUCGGUGUUGUUGUCACACAGGCCCUCGGCUACGGUCUGAUUUUCGACCUCAACUUCUUCCUGCGAAACCUGUCCGUCAUGGGUGGUCUCCUGAUGGUCUUGUCAGACUCAUGGGUUCGCAAGACCAAGGCCUUCGCUGGCCUGCCCCAGAUCGAGGAGAAGGACCGCAAGAUGUACUUCCAAUUCGCGGGUCGCGUGCUCCUCAUCUUCCUCUUUGUGGGCUUCGUGUUCAGUGGACAGUGGUCCAUCUGGAGAGUACUUGUCUCCGUCAUCGGCCUGGUCGCAUGUGUCAUGGUUGUGGUGGGAUUCAAGGCGAAGUGGAGCGCCACACUGCUGGUGUUCAUUCUGAGUGUGUUCAACGUCUUGGUGAACAACUUCUGGACUCUUCAUGAGCACCACCCCCACAAGGACUUCGCCAAGUACGACUUCUUCCAGAUUCUCUCCAUUGUCGGCGGUCUCUUGCUUCUGGUCAACAGUGGACCAGGCCAAUUCAGCAUUGAUGAAAAGAAGAAGGUUGCUGCGCCAACCAAUGUUCAUUGCUCGAGGCUCCGCUUCGUGUGCGCCAGUUGGGAAGGAGACCUGGCCCUCUCCUUCAGCCAUGCCGUUGGUCUCUUCUGCGCCUCCGUGACACCGGGCUCGAUGACCCUUGAUGCUGACAGCGACCAUCGCCGCAAGCGACAGGCAGGGCCUGAGCAGAGCCUGGUAAGAGAACCGCUGCCGUCCUCCAGCCGUGCAUUACCCAGGGAUUGGAACUCUGAACGACCUGCUGGCUUUGGUUUCUCAAGAUCUACCAGUAUCGUAGUGCUUCUCUUAUCCGCACGGCCGUGCCUGCGGUCCCCUUCCGCGGCUGGCCGGGCGUUUGGCUCAACGACUGUGCCCACCAAGCACUUUGAGUCGGACACUUCGGCCACUCGAGUCAACGUGGCUGGCAACAUCGACCUUGGCAGAUAG